CGUUAAGCGGAUCAUCAAUCCCUAUGUUUACGAAUUGGAACUUCCCCGGUCAAUGAAGAUUCAUCUAGUAUUUGAUAUUUCAUUAUUGUCAUCCGAAGCAAAUGAUCCUUUACCAGGACAGCAACAAUUAGCACCACCUCUGGUUGAAAUCGAAGGGGAGAAAGAAUGGGAAGUCGAAGAUAUUUUGGAUUCGAGGAAACGAAGAGGAAGGUUCGAGUAUUUAGUACGAUAUGUAGGGUAUGACGAAGCCUACUGGCAACUACUAUCUGACCUUAAGCAUUCACCUGAUAUCGUCAAACAAUUCCACGAGCGUUAUCCUGGAAAGCCUAAGCCUACCAGGAGGUAG